AUGGGGGGCCGCGGGCUGCUGCCGGUGCUGCUGCUGCUGCUGGGCGCCGCGGGGCCGCUGCUGCGGCAAGCGGAGCCGGCGGAGCCCGCGGACCCCGUGAGCGCCGAGCGGAGCCUGGCGUGGGGCCCCGGGCUGGACGCGAGGCUCACCGUGCCCGUGCGGUACUUCUACAUCCAGGCGGUCAGCGCGGCCGGACGCAACUUCUCCCGCUCCCCGCCAGGAAGAACACAGUUUAAAGUGGUAAUUAAAGCACUUUCUCCAAAAGAAGUCACCAGAAUUUACACCCCUCGGCCUUUGGAUAGAAAUGAUGGUACAUUCCUUAUGCGGUAUCGGAUGUAUGGAAGUGUCACAAAAGGAUUAAAAAUUGAGAUACUUUAUGGUGAUCAGCAUGUGGCUCAAUCACCUUAUAUUUUGAAAGAACCAGUUUAUCAUGAAUACUGUGACUGUCCUGAAGAAGACCCUGAGGUCUGGCAGGACAUGAUGUCCUGUCCAUCCCAAGAGCCUCAGAUUACAGAAGACUUCAUUUCGUUUCCCACCAUUGACCUGCAGCGAAUGCUUAAGGAAAUCCCAGCAAAGUUCAGCCAAGCAAGAGGUGCUAUUGUUCAUUACACAAUUCUGGAUAAUCACAUCUACCGGCGCUCCUUAGGGAAGUACACAGACUUCAAAAUGUUCUCUGAUGAAAUGUUCCUGUCCCUGGCCAGGAAGGUUCGUCUUCCUGACGUGGAGUUUUAUCUCAAUGUUGGAGACUGGCCAGUUGAGCACCGGAAAGCUAAUGAUACACCUGGGCCUGUACCUGUCAUCUCCUGGUGUGGCUCUGUGGAUUCCAGAGAUAUCGUCCUGCCGACGUAUGAUGUAACCCACUCAACUCUGGAAACCCUGCGUGGAGUCACCAAUGAUCUCCUUUCCAUUCAAGGAAACACAGGCCCCUUCUGGGAAAACAAAACUGAGCGGGCUUUAUUCAGAGGUCGAGACAGCAGAGAAGAACGUCUCCAUCUUGUCAAGUUAUCCAAGGAAAAUCCAGAACUACUAGAUGCUGGAAUAACUGGAUAUUUCUUCUUCAGAGAAAAAGAAAAAGAGCUGGGGAAGGCUCAGCUGAUGGGCUUCUUUGACUUCUUUAAGUACAAAUACCAAGUGAAUGUAGAUGGCACUGUAGCAGCUUACAGGUUUCCAUACCUCUUGCUGGGUGACAGCCUGGUAUUGAAGCAAGAUUCCCAGUACUAUGAACACUUUUAUAUUGGAUUAAAACCUUGGAAACAUUAUGUUCCAGUUAAGAGAAACUUAGAGGAUUUGCUAGAGAAAAUAGAAUGGGCUAAGGAAAAUGAUGAGGAAGCAAGAAAAAUUGCUAAAGAAGGACAACUAGUAGCAAGAGAAUUACUUCAGCCUCACAGGUUUUACUGCUACUAUUAUAAAGUGCUCCAGAAAUAUGCCGAACGCCAAGCCAGCAAACCUGAAAUACGGGAUGGAAUGGAACUUGUACCUCAGCCUGAUGACAGGGACUCAGUGUGCAGUUGCCACAGGAAAAAGCCUUUAAGGGAAGAUCUAUAACUGUACUGGAUGGAGAAAAUUACCCACUUAAAAUGCGAGAAUAGGAAUUAAGCUGUGAAAUCUAAGACUCUUAUGCUGUAGCAGGCAUUCUUAGUUAUGUAUUCUUCUUGUAUUUUCAUACCCUUUUCCUGCUCAUUCUGAUCUACAAUGUUGGUUCUCACAGUUUUGGCUCCAUGACCACCACCAGACAGACACUGAGCCUGCAGUGGGGAGUGUCUGGGGGAUUUGUUUGAUGUACUGCAUCAUCAGGAAGCAGGGCACAGAGCUGCUCAUGUUCCAGAUGGGACCUUUUUACUGAAGUUUUGUGAGGAACUAGUCGCCACAAAGAUCUUGCCAUGAGUCAGUGAAAGUUUUCUAAAGGAGCAUUUGUGAUACAUUGAAACAGUGUUAUGAUUUCUUCAUAAAGUUUACCUCAGUGUUAGAUUGUUUCUUGUAUACAAAACAAUUUUCAAACUAGACAAAGAAAAUGAAUAUUUGAGAUGUAAUAAUAUCAGAUCUGGUCAUGCUUUCAGAUUAUUCUGUGGUUUAUGACAGGUGACAGACAACAUGAUAUAAUACUCAUCAAUUUUAGAGGGAAAUGGAGAGCAGGGGGAGAGAUAGGAAAAAUAAGUUUAUAAUCAUCAUGGCUGUCAAUCGCCAGAAUUAAAUACUGCUUUAAAACAGACUCUGUAGCUAUCACAAUCACAGUGCUUUGGGUGCCAAAUCACCACUCUGAAAACCUGUUCCCUGCCAGUGACUGUAAAUGUAGGCACAGAUCCACAAAAGGACUUGGGAAUUUCAGGCCAUGGGAAACACUGGUGUCUUCGUUCAACAAUACUGUCUGCAGUAUUCUGGACUAUGUGAAAUCUGAAAUUUAGACCACCUAGGUUUAAUUCUUGUGCAAUAGUCUAGGGGUUAGAGUCCAUGUAAAGCAAUUGGGAAGCUGGUUGUCCUCCUUGGUUUAAUUCAAAGCCAUUUUUUCCAGAGGGUGUUUUAGCUCCAGACUGGUCAAGAGGUUUUCAGGUCUUCUGCUGAAGUUCAUCUGCAGCCAUGAAGCUAGCGAUGAAAAAUUCACAAGGGCAGAAGGAUCUGGUCAUACCUUUGUGAUAAAGUCUGCCUUUGGAUGGGGCAGAAGAAUCAUCCUAGUCAUGGAUGCAACUCCAAAUACCUCUGUUGAUUUUUGCCCAAGUUUGUCUACUUCAAAAUGCAUAAAUAGUCCUGGAAGGAGACACCAAUACCAAGACCAGUGCCCACAAGCACCCAUUUCUGUGUUUUCAUCUUGGCUAAUGCAGCCUGCCUGAGCAGCUCCUGACUCACUACAGUCAGAUAAAAGCUGUCAUGGGUACCAAAUUCUCCCUACACUAAAAAGAAUGGAGAUGUCUUCAAGACAGUGGACUUGUCUGAUUGAUUUGGUGCGCAAAAUUUAGUGCUUUACAUGUCAUGCAGGCUUCAUUCUUGGUUCUACACUGCAAAUUACAUAAAAUUUCUGCAUUAGAACAGGAAGAAAGGCAGUAUGCUAAAUAUGGAAAGAACUUUGGCUUUCUAAAGAGGAUGAUGCAACUGUCCAUCAUUCAUUUAUUACAUUAUGCCAGUUAAGAAAAAAACCUGUAUCAUGUUGCUCUACCCAUAAUUCUCUUUGUUCUGGUUCUAACAUUCAUAUUUAUAGUGGUUGUAUUUUUAUUUAACAUGAAAACCAGUCCUAGAACUUCAGGCUAUAAAUACAUGUUCCACUCAUCUGACAUAAAAUUUUCUACAUCGAAGUUCAGGAACAGGGUUCCAUUGCUGAAGUUGACACUUAAGACUGAGUAUGUGCUCUCCUUUCGUUCUAUGUGUACAGUCAUUUUUACUGUAUUACGUGAUCUUCUUUUGAGAAACUACCCAUUAUGCCAUGUGCUUUUUAUAUUCACCAGUGUUUAUGGAGGUGGUGCGCUCAGCAAAGGCAAAUAAGCAUAAAAGAUGGUUGAACAACAAUGUUUUCCACAUAUUUCAAAUCAAGAGUCCAAAAGUGAUUAAUUUGUAUUUUUUAAAAUGGGAGAGAAUAGGGGGAGCCAUGACACAUACUUCAUGGUUCUUUGGAAAUACCUGUGGAGGAAAACUUGCCUAGCUUGAAAUGGAAGUCUUUCAAACUGGAAGAAGAAUCAGAUAAAAUUUAAAUUAUGACUAUAAAUAAAUGUGAAUAUUUUAUCCCUCCUUUCUUCCCUCAUAAAAAGGGAAAGAAACUAUUCUUAAUUCUUUUCUGCCAAAAAAAGUCCUUGCUUUUGUAAUAAGUAUCACUUCAAAGCAAAGACUAGUUUGUCAACAGAGUGCCUAACACAUGCUUUUAUAGCUCACAGGCGAGAAAUAUCCUGAAAAAUAUUGAGUGCACUCAUCUUCUUCCUGUAAUUUAAAAAAUAGUAGAGAGAUGGUGGAACUUUUACUACAAGUCCAUAGUAUUUUGAGAGAUUCUGGUUCAGUUUAUAACUAUAGCUCUUCCAAAGGUAAAAGAAGGUAAGGCAAAGUCUCUCUUCCUGCCAUUAGUGCUAGAAUAUGCAAUUUAGAUUGUAAUGAAGAACAAUCCUAACAAUUGUUCCACCAGGCUAGAAAAGAUGUCAAAUCUGUUUGAGUUUGCCAAGAGGAUGAUACCCAUCAGCCUGGUGUGUUACAGGAAAUGCUAAAUAUUGAGUAAAACUUGUUUUUGCAUGUGAAGUGUAAUACAUACAUUAAAUAGAAUUUUUAAGUGGCAUACAUAGA